AUGAAGGUCAUCAGCAAGGAAGAGGAGCAGGCCCACUACUCCGAGGUCAUCAAGGGCGGUUUGAUCGGUGGCAGCGCCGGUCUCGUGGUCGGCCUCGGCGGUGUCAUGUUGGGCAUGAAGCGGUACCAGCUGAUCCGCCAGCUCUCGCUCCCCUUCCGGUCCUUCCUGGUGACCUCAGCGGGUACCUUCGGCGCCAUCAUUCUGGCGGAGCGCUACAGCAUCAACUUCCAGAGGGCCAAGGACCCCAUGAACAAAUACAUCCAGGCUGGCAGGAAAAAGUACGAGGCGGAGCGCCUGGCCUCCGAGACCUCGAGCCAGCGCUUCAUGGAAUGGGGCCGCGAGAACCGCUACAGCAUCGUGUUCGCGUCCUGGAUCGCCGCCAUGGGCGCCGCCAUGGCCAUCGUCAACCGCAACAAGUACCUCAGCGCCAGCCAGAAGCUUGUCCAGGCCCGUGUGUACGCCCAGGGCCUGACGCUCGCCGUCCUCAUCGCCACGGCCGCCUUCGAGACCGCCGACGCCAAGAGCGGCAAGGGCAGGUGGGAGACCGUCAUGGUCGUUGACCCCAACGAUCCUACCCACCAGCACUUGAUCGAGAAGAAGGUCAAGAAGGAGGAGUACGAGGGUCAGAACCUCUGGCAGGAUAUGGUCGCUGCCGAGGAGAAGAGACUCGCCCACAAGAAGUACGUUGAGGAGCAGCAGCAGCAGCAGCAGCAGCAGGAGCAGGCUAAGGCCAACAAGGCCGAAGCUUCCGCUUAA